AUGUCUUUUUUUUACCAGGCUGGACCACAAAACCCCCGUUCUUCAUGUGCCAGGAUCCUUAGAAACGUGAGGACUCACACAGGUGAGAGACCUUAUCAAUGCCAGACUUGCGGCAGAGGGUUUACGAAGAGUGCUGACCUCCGUAGACUUGACGUGACUCGCACAGGUAAUACACCAUACAGCUGCCGGACUUGUGGGAAGUGGUUCACUCGGAAAACAAAUCUCGAUGUACACACGAGGACUCACACUGGUGAGAAACCUUACAACUGCCAGAGUUGCGGGAAAAGAUUCACUUCCAGCACCGCACUUCUUUGUCACCUGAGGACUCACACAGAUGAAAAACCUUACAAAUGCCAUACAUGCGGCAAAGGGUUCUCACGAAGCGAUAAUCUCUGUGCGCACGUAAGAACUCACACAGGUGAGAAACCCUACGAAUGCCAGACUUGUGGCAAAGGGUUCAGUGACAGCUCCAAUCUCCGCACACACAUAAGGACUCACACCGGUGAGAAACCUUACAAAUGCCAUACAUGCGGCAAAGG